AUAUAAAUAAAAAUGAUUGAUUGAUAUCAGUAUAAACAUUUCUUGCAACUCUGGUAAAAUACUGGUCAUUUUGUAGAUUAUUAUGAAUAUAUUAUUAGAAAGUGUUAUUGAUUGGUCCAUUGGCCCUUUGCAAAGAGCUUGAUUGGCAGGCGAUCUCGCCAAUCAAAACACUGAAUGUAGCAAGCUGUUUUACAAACACAUCGACAGAGUUACCUUGAAACCGGUGUGUACUGAAGCGAUAUCUUUCUAUGGCUAAAUAGAAACGCAUUCUGAUGUUCAUUCACGUUUAUUCCGCACUUUAAGGAAAUAUGAAAAUUGUCUGAAGUGCUCUUGAGGCUCUACAGCGAUCUGCCACAACACUACAUUUAUUGUUCGAAUUCCUAAAAAAGUAAAAAAAUUUGAAAGCUGAAAGGAGCGAAGUGUCCGUCAAUCCUUCGUUCCAAAUGCUCCAAUUUUUGCGCACUUUGGUUUGGAACGACCCAUUUGGGGUGGGCUAUUUAUUAUUGUGAGGAAUAUGAAUCAAUAAACAGGGAGUCAACGAACAUCAUUUAGUAAUUCACAACUCGUAGCUAUAAAAUGUCUCACAUGGGUUUAAAGAGAUAAAUGGCCUUGGAAUAAAAAUACAUACAUUGGCUUCGAGACGACUUCCCGCAGGAUCAGGUUAAUAUUUAAACAGUAGCAAGAGGCAAGACUGGUUCCUGCUGCAAUUUCCAGUCAUGUUUGUAUGUUCUCACUGCUCAUCGCAGCACAACUUAUUUCAGCUGUUCACGCAUUAUGAUAUUCGGCUCUUCCCUAAGAGUGUGUUUGAAUAUAUCUUAUACUUGGCUGUUUGUGUUUCUUCCUCCACAGCGGUUGAACUUCACACGAGGUGUUAACCGAGUCCUGUAAGAGAACAUGCGAAGGCAGUUUUUGUGUAUUAUUGAGGUGUGGCAGAUACCCACCAUUUCUUUCUAUACUGAAGAAACGCCGUCGAUGAGAGCCGUCUUAAGCGGCCGUCUAACUACUUUUGAAUUCCAGCACAAGACAAUGACUUAAUUGUUGAAUACCGCCGGACGAGACAACAACUGGACCAGGGAGUGGAGGGUGAAAAAGGCAAGUUGAGUUAUUGUGUAUUUCAGUGUCAUUUCUAGACAGGAUUCAGCUGGAUUCAACACGUUCUGGUCAAGUUCAGGCCUAACUCUGUAAAUAAAAAGGACAUGCUGGGAGUAUUUGUUAUACUGGAUGACAUUUAGCAAAAUAUAUGGGAACAUGAUAACGGGGUGCCGGAAAAAGGGGACGUAUAAUAUUAUGGGUUUGACUGCUGUGUGAGAAACUUUGAGAAGUCUUUUCUGUUCGCGUGUUCUCCCUGUCUUGCUGUGCAUUUACUUUUAAUAAUACGGUGAGUUGGAGACAAUGAAUAAUCUGUAAAUGUGUGUGUGUGGUAUUCCCUGCAUUAUGGGGAACAAACUAGCAGUAAAUCUCCUUUUGUCAAGCAACACAAAGUUUAAAGAGCUACUAGGUAUAAGUUAAAACCUUUGCGGGAAGACUUGGAACUUCUAAUAUUAUUCUUAUUUCAGUUACAGAUGUAUUUGCUUAAUGUCAUUUUGAUUUGUCUCUAAAUUUUACUUUACUUUAUGGAAGGGAUCAAUUAUGAAACAAUUAUGAGACUUUUUAUAUAAAAUCAGAAUUGUGGGAUAUAAAUUCUUUUUUCUCGCCAUUCCAAGUUUGAAUCUCACGUUUUUAGCUCAGAACUCUUUCCUCAGAAUUCUCUAUUUGUUUGCCUGUUUGGUUAAUUUUUUUAUUUUUAUUUCUUGUUUGUUUUUUUUAUCUCAAAAUCUAGUAAUUCUAUGUUAUCUUGUGAGAAAAAAAAACAAAAUAUUUUUUUUUAAAUUCACCAAUGGCCUUCUUUGACCUUGAAGGGACAUUAUUUAGGAAACAAGCUUAUUAGGGGUGUCACGAUAUUCGAUUUUCCACACCGCGGUUAUUGUGGUCAAUAGCGGUAUAUCGUGACACCCCUAAAGCUUAUAAAUUGUACAGAUAUUGAUUAAUUGAUUGAAAAUCUAAAAUGACAGAACGUUUAGUGUGAGGGGUAGGCUUAGGAAGAGGUUUGAGACAGAAAGUACAGUUUGUAUAGUAUAAAGAAAUAUUAUGCCUAUGGAGCGUCCCUAUAACUCAUAAAAGCCUGUGUGUGUGUGUGUGAGAGAGAAAGUGUUCUGUGAUAUGCCGACCAGCCAUCAAGUGUGUUUCCCUGUCUAUGGCCUGUACUCCCCAUAACCUUAAAGCAUGUUUUGGAAAUAUAAUCUGAUAUAUCUUAAAUACAGUCAAUAUCAGAGUGAACCAAUUCUACUGUUUUCAAUAAAAGCCUCAGUAGUUGCUCCGUUUGAUCAGUGAACGGCACAUAAUGGCUCUUUCCUGAGCUGAUUCGGCUUCUGCAGUGGGCAGUGACUUCCUUCCCCUCUCUGUAGCCGUAACGGUUUAGGAAUGUGUUCAUAUUUUUCAGAAUAUUAUUCUUCAUGUUUUAAACAGCAACCGUGGAACCCAUAUCCAAACUGAACAAUGACUCACUGGCCCCAUCCAUUCCACCAUGACACCAAGACCGACAUUAAAAGCAACUAAAACACUUCACACCAACACCACAACAGCUGCUCCAGGCUUCCUGCCCUCUUUACUGGACAGGAUUCCUUUGCCAAGAUGGGCCAUCUACGCAAUAUUUGCUGCCGUCGUCCUGCUCGUUCUUAUCUGCGUGAUAUGCUGCUGCGCGAAAUGCUGCUGCAAAGGGAAAAAGAAGAGGAAGAAGAAGCCGGACGAGAAGAUCAGUAUGAAAGGGAUGUCAGGAACUACAACAGCAGCACUGGUCCAGCCUGAGACAGAAGACGUGGAGUACGGCUCAGCUGACCAGCACAGAGGAAAACUGCAGUACUCACUGGAGUUCAACGCAUCCAGAUCAGAGCUGACUGUAGGGAUAAAAGAAGCCGCCGCCUUGAAAGCGAUGGACUCAGGAGGAACAUCUGACCCUUACGUGAAGGUCUACAUUCUUCCCAACAAGUCCAAAACAUUUGAGACGAAAGUCUUCAGGAAAACCCUUAACCCAGUGUUCAACGAGAACUUCAAAUAUCAGAUCCCUCAGAAGGAGCUGACCGAGUCGAUACUGGUGAUGCAAGUGUAUGACUUCAACAGGUUCUCCAAACACGACAUCAUCGGUGAGAUCAGACUCGAUCUGUCCACCGUGGACUGGAAUCAUGUGAUAGAGGAGUGGAGAGAUCUGAGCCAAGCGUCCAAACAUGAGCAAGAACAUCUGGGAGAGAUCUGCUUUUCUCUUCGUUAUGUCCCAGCUAGUAGUAAAUUCACUGUGAUCAUACUGGAAGCCAAGAACCUGAAGAGGAUGGACCAAGGCGGCUCUUCAGACCCUUACGUGAAAGUUCAGUUGAUCCUGGAUAAGAAAAAGUGGAAGAAGAAGAAAACAUCAGUGAAAAAGCAGACACUGAAUCCGUACUUCAAUGAAUCUUUCACUUUUGAAGUGUCAUUUGAACAGAUUCAGAAAGUCCAGCUGGUCAUCUCUGUGUGGGAUCAUGACAAAAUGAGCAGAAACGAUGCGAUCGGCAAGAUCUAUCUGGGCUGUGAUGCUACAGGAAACCAGCUGCGUCACUGGGCGGACAUGCUGUCCAACCCGCGCAAGCCUGUGGCUCAGUGGCACACUUUACUCUCCUCUGAGCAGGUGGACACAACGCUGGCCUUGAAACACACGCUGAAGAUCCCGUUCACAAACAAAACCUUCUGAAAAACCGGCAUUCCUGGGCCUUCGUAACAAUAUUCACAAGAAUUUCAAUACUGUGGACCACGGCCAACCUUUUUCCUUUAUUUGUAAUAACGCUGUCAGACGAUUGAUCGCGAUUAAUCCCAAUUCAUUUUUUGUGUAUAUACACAGUACACACAUAUACUUAAAAUAUAUAUUUACAUUUAUAAAUGUAUACGUUCAUAUUAUAUUUAACAUAGAAAAUAUAACGUUUUUCCUAAAGGGCUUGUACGAUGUUGCUAAAAAGAACAUAAUCUGGUGCAUUUGCUGUAAUGCAAAGUGUUUAUGCGGUUUAAGUUUCAAAACACAUUGUUUUCCACAUACUGUACAUUAUUGUUUCUCCUCUUAGCCCCGCCAGCUAUCCAGUGCGUUGUGAUUGGCCGAUUACCUCAAGCGCGUGACGGAAAUCUUUACACCGUGUCCCAUAUUCUGUGUAACACAUAUGCAUUUGUGAUCAGAGAAUCGACAAACAACUAACAUUCCUCUACACGGAUCAAAACUCACGUUUGAAUAGUAAGCAGAUUCUGCAUAUGAUAAAACAUGCUUACUAAAAAUCCUACGUUCGAAUCGCUCCACUUUAUAGCCUCUGUACGCAGCCAGCAUAGACUGCUCUCCAGGUUCAGGAAGCAGUUCCCCGUAAAAUGCUCUGAACACACAUCUGAGUAUUUCAAGUCAAGCCAUAACUUUUAUAAAGAAUAUCUCCAGCUCUAUCUUUAGGGAUGCUAUCUAUGCAACUAACAGCUUGUAGCACUCCAAAGAGAAAGGAAAACUUCAAAAGCAAAUAUAGAGAUGCACGUGCUAAACCUUCUUAUGUUUUGAAGCCUGGGAUAAAAUGGUGAUACGUUUUAGUGCUGAGGUGUUAAAAAUGCAGGCGCGAGACAGUCGUAUCGGGUUUGACGAGUUCACACACACACACACACACACACACACACACACACACACACACAGGCUCACGUUGAUUUCUCUUGUGAUUACAGUAAGCGCUAGAUAAGGGUGUGAAUAUCAGGCUGUCAGCACACAUGUGGGCCAAUUACAGCGUUUUAAUGAGGUUUCUUCUAUUGAGCAGGUUUACAGAAAGCUAAAGGCUGGAGAACUCAUUAGUCGCUUUUGCACAGUCAUGUUUUAAACACUCAGGUACUUUUUGAAAUGUGUAACUCAGAAUUCAUUAUUUUCAACAAGCACGCCGGAAAACGGUCGAGCACUUUACGUGCCUUCUUUAAUUCCUUCGAUCGAUAUCUGUUCUCUUUGUACGAAAUCAAUGAAACCUAAGCAUUUCAAAAUUAACAUUACACAAAUAAAUGGGGUUUUUUUGCACUUAUUUAAAA